GUCAGACGAGCCGACGGCGAUGGCGACGGCGACGGCGAACGACCGGCGAUCAGGUACGCUUGUCGGGCAGCGGCAGGUGGACCGGUGGAGCCGAGGCCGGGUGUGAUCCAGUUGCCAAGUGGCGGCAAUGCCGCGGAGUCAACUCGCUGUCUUGGCAGCCGAUCGGCCGUACCGGCGGAAGCGUGGAAACCGGCCUGGCGGAGCCCGGGAUCCGGCCGACCCGGGCCGAGGGGACAUGCAUGUCGCGCUGAUAUGACAAGUGGAGAGGACUGGCGUGAGAGGGAGUUCUUCGCCGCCAGGCUCCAGCCGACUUUGCCAUUUCGUGCCUUGACGACGGCGCCGACUCGAACUGCACUCCGGAACAACUCUGUCGCCGUUGAGCGACGAGUCUGUCAAUGGCUCGGCGUCAAGCCGCAGACAGCACAGUUGACGUCGUCGAAACACGUGGUUAAACCGGAAGAAUUUCCGGUUCCAGAAGGUUGUGUCAUGAUAUACGAGCCCGAUCUCUAA